ACGAGGAGGAGGGGGGGGAAGUCCAUCCUUCUCUCAGGAGGACGUUGACUUAUUGGGUCAUGUGAAUAUCACACUUGACUUAAUUAUGCUUCAGUGGCACAGCAACGCGGAUAGCACAGUUGAAAGCGCGGCCGUUGAACUUGAAACUGGUGGAGUUUGACGGUAGUUAUGCAUCGCCUAGUAAAGUUUGUGUCGACAAAGAUGUAGAAUCAUUGGUUAAAUUUUUUCUUGUUUUUCUGUCUUAUUAUAUCGCAGAGCCCUAGCGGAUCAAUGGCAAAGAUGCAAGUAAACAUUGAGAUGGACCAUGUAACCAAGGAAGAGGAUCAUCCAAAACUUAGAUUUGUACAGCCCAAUAGGAAAGUAGGAAACGAUAAUGGCGACGGGGUCAGCGACAGCGACGACGACAGCGUCGGCGAUGACAAGGGCAAUGAUGAUAACAAUGGCAAAGGCGACGUCGACGGUGAUGGUGACGAUGAUGGCAACAGGAAUGGUCAUGCCAAUGCUCAUGGCAAUGCAAAGGAAAGUCUAAUAAAAAUCAUAGAAAGAGGAAAUGUUGAUGAGAUCAAACAGGAACUGACACCAAAAGCUAUGGCAAAGUGUGGCAGAAACGCGCUACUUGUUGCAAUGGAGGCGAAUUCAAAGCUUCGCAGUUUGGCAAAGGAGAAAGGUCCCGUGGCAGAAGAGUUUGCGAAGAUGGCUAGCUCAGUGGACGAGUUUACUUCUUGUUUACUCGAUCCUCUGAAAUCCAACACAGAAGCACAUCAUGUAUUUGGGGAUUCUUUAGAUGACCUAAUGGAUGCUGGGAUUGACAGGAAACAAAAGACAUUUUUUGCACAUCCGGUAAUUUUCAACUUGAUGAGUGAUAAAUGGCUGGGAAAGUUUGGCAGAAUGAAGAGAUGUUCGUGGCUAUCACUGCAAGGCUGGCUGUGGAUUUUGCUGCACAUCUGGUGCUUGUUUGAUUUAGUGAUGUUUCCGUUUCUUUUCGCUGUGUUUUACGUCAAGCACCGCAGGAACAAAAACAAGCUGAAAGACAAAGGAAUAGAGAUUGCUUUUUUGAUAAAUGCAACUUCGAAGAAUGCGAACAAAGCCUUCAACCUGAUGAAAAGAUCCAUAAAGGAAUUCGUCGACAAACAUGGAGAUGACAAAACCAGAUAUCAAGUUGUUAUUCACGGAGAUGAUUCCUCUCCAAGAAAAAUGUGCUCCAAGAGUGACAUUGGGAAAUUAGAACUCAAGAGAGAAACUACAAAGAUUCCUGCCCUUCAUGAAGACCUUACGAACGCUGAUUUCCUAAUUCGCAGCUCCAAAAAGAAGUCAGAGAAGGUAGUAAUAUUCUUCACGGAUCACAAGACAAGUACGAAACAUGAGAGGGGCCUGGUAGAGAAUCAAGUAAAAGCCAUGAAGGACAUCAAGCUACUCCCGGUUGCCGUUGGACCUCACGUCAAUAUCCGAGAAUUAGAGACUAUCACCGAUAAUAAACUAGACAUCAUCCACUUUGGAGAAUACGAAAAACCAGAGACAGUCUCCACACGGAUUUGGCACGACCUGCAAGGAAAAGAUAUGUACGAGAGCUACCACGAGUAUUUCACGACACCUUACUUCAUAUUCGUCCGUGAGGCACUGAGUUAUCUCACCCUUCUUGGCCUGCACUUUGCCUUGUGUCUCUCGCCCUCGGUCAUUCCGUUCAGCGGUCUAGAGUGGGUCAUUCUGAUUUUCUUUAUGGGUCGAAUACUGAUGGAGAGUAAACAGUUUCAGAACGUCAAAGUAGAUCAGGGAAGAGGCAUCGUGAUUAAGAAGCAGAUGGGGAACAAAUAUACAAGGUGCAAUAAAAAUGAAGAGCAAGGCGCACAGAAUGAAAUCAGGGGUGGUGAGAAUGGAGAAGGUAAAGAAGAUGAAGAACGCUGUCGAGUAUCAAGAUCAACUAUGUUUGCAAAGAUAUGUGGAAAAUACCUAAGCGAUAGAUGGAACAUUCUGAAUUCCAUUACUCUAGUGAUCUACUUGAUCACCAUUCUGCUGAGAAUGUUGACAUGGGCCACGUCUGCGUCAGUGACCAACAACCGACCUCUUGUCAUAGCCAGUUUUCUGUACGGCCUCAACACCAUGUUCUUGACACUUAGGGCGUUUGGUCAUGUCAUGGAGACCAUUCAAGAGAUUGGUACCAUUCAAAUAACUUUGUUCCAGUUCAUUGGUGACAUUGCUACGAUAUUUUGGCAGUUCGUGGCGACCAUUUUGGCUUUCUCAAUCGCCAUAACAAAGGUGUAUAUGGCAGAAAAGUCGUACAUUGCCCAGGAAAGCUAUAAAGAUAACCUGGUCUGCAAUACCUCUGGGAUAGCCUGUUGGUGGGCGUUGUUUAAACAUCUUUGCUGGUCUCUGCUGGGUAUAGAGGGAUUGGAUCCUCUGGACUCUGGUGACAGUGCCUCAGUGACGCUGGCUCAAUUAUUGUAUGGGGCCUUUCUUAUCAGAGGUGUAGUUCUCCUUGUCAACGUGAUGAUAGCUCUCCUGUCGAACACAUACCAGCGAGUGAAGGUAACAAGUUUUGGCUAUGUCUUUUUUUUCUUCGUGAAAACCAGUGUAUGGUUGGUCCAAUGCAAAUGUGAUCUCCAAUACAUGACUGAUCAAACAGCUUCUAAGUCAAUAAGUGUGCAAAUCUUGAAAGCACGUAAAGUCUCGAUUGCCCCUUACGUUUCUCGUGCUUGCAGCAGACGAUUUAUCCGACAGCGCGACAAUUCCUAUUACUUAAUAUUUAGAGACCCACACAAUGGCUUUUUGUUUGUGAUCUUGGUUCUUUUUACUCAACAGAACAAAUUUCUGAAUGCGGUUGUUCAAAAUCUUCUGCAAACAUAUUUUGCAACUUAUGGAAAUUCUUUUCCUCUUACUGAUGACAGAAAGAUGGACCAAUUAAUUCGAGAAACCGAGGGGAACCGGGAACUGCUCAAUCAGAUUGUUCACAGGACCUUCACAACGCAUGUGCCUGAUCAAGGAAUGCUACCUACUGGUCCAAAGGCGUGGCAGAGUCAAGGCAUUAGAAUAGAAGGCUCUCUCCUGGUUUGUGAAGGAGGAAACUUCUGCGACACCUGCCAUGGUGAAUCAGACGAAUGCCAUGGCGCAAGAUAUCUCGUGCCCUUUUCUCCAGAAUUUCCCCAUCUUGAGGUUCUUAUUCAGGAAAUAGGAAAGCAAAGGUGUCUUGGAGUGGGAGUGGUUUGGAAGGAUUACGGAAACCACGCCAUGCCGGGACAGUUAAAAAGAACGGUGGGGUGUCUUGUCGAUGAAGGCAAAAUAUUGGGACCAUUUAAGCCUGUUAACCUUGCCGGGAAGGAAGAUGAAGGUAAACAGUGGGAAUAAGAGCUGACUAUGGCAAACUAUACACACUGUUAAAAUAAUAUAGACACUGCUAAAAUAAACAAAUCAAAAAUAUAUUUUUCGUUCAACUAAACUAAGGGUUGAAAGUCCAUAAAAUAUUACUAUUCUAACAUUUUAAAAGAACUUGCAAAACGAAAAUAGGAAUGUCCUCACUCCGUUAUCGUGUUUUGCUUUUUUGUUAAACAUACUUAUCGGAGGUUAAGAAUUCAGCAGGAAUUCAAAAUUUGCCAGUAUCGAUGUGCUAAAUUCUAACUUGGCACCGAGACUUAAUGGAAUACAAAAAUAUUUUUUCAUUCCUCGACCUAAAUGUGAUUCUUUUGCUUUAUUCCUCCAGGCCUCGGAAAAAAGUAGAACUUUGACAUAACAAAGUUGUCCCAUUACAAGUGUUUAAAUAUUCCAACAUGAAUUAGUCAGUCUUGUCCAGGCAGCGCUUCCUCAUAUAUAGAGCGUUUUACAUGACGUCACGGCAGCCAUAUUGGUGUUCAAAAACAAUGAAACAGCGGCCAUAUUGGUGUACCAAACCAAUCAUGUGGGAGUUGAACUCUUUACGCUUUAUUUUGCUCCAAUAAAUUUGUAUGAAUGCUGGCCACGUGAGUGAAAACGUGCUAUUAAACCUACACGGAAAUUUUCACGUGGUAAAAAUUUGUCGACCUCCAUGAAACUUACAUGUGCCCAGCUCCCCGUUGGCUAAGCGUGCGGAACUUUUUCAUAUC